GACUGUUCGUGGCAGACUACUGCACCUUUGGGUGGGUCACUCCCAAGUCAAGCAUGACCCAGCACGCAGCAGUGCCGCACCGCACCGCACCGCACCACCGCUCAUCCGAGCAAACGUGGAGAGGAAAUGGCAGAAUCCGAUUCCCCCGCACCAGCACCGGCUCGCAUUGCACCCUUGCACCGUUGCACGCACGCAGAAAAGAAAAGAAAACGUCGCGCACCGACGCGGCCCUCGUGACGGACGGGGUCAAAACCGUCGACGAGACGGCCGCGCGCCCACGGAACACAGGCGAUCCCGCCUCUUGUCUUUCCAGUGGGCGCCGCGCCGGAAUUCCAACUCCACAGACCGCGCUACCUUUCCCACUCCUCUGCCUCUGCUCUGCUUCACCUUCCUUCCACCAUAGCAGCGGUUAAAUAUUUAUAUAAGCGAGAAACCGCUCACCCAAGCGGCCAUGAACCCGCUCCCAUGGCGCCCCUCCGAACACUCGUUAUCUUCCUCCUCCUCCUCCUCGCGCUCGUCCCGGCACUCUCGCGCCCGGAUGGCGGCGGCGGCGGCUUCUAUGACCCGGCGCGCGUCACCCAGCUAUCCUGGCGCCCCAGGGCGUUCCUGUACAGCGGCUUCCUCUCGCACGACGAGUGCGACCACCUCGUCAAUCUGGCGAAGGGGAGGAUGGAGAAGUCGAUGGUUGCAGACAAUGAUUCCGGCAAGAGUAUCAUGAGCCAGGUGCGCACCAGCUCCGGCACCUUCUUAUCGAAGCACGAGGACGACAUUGUUUCUGGAAUUGAAAAGCGUGUAGCUGCUUGGACAUUUCUUCCUGAAGAAAACGCCGAGUCAAUUCAGAUUCUGCAUUAUGAGCUUGGUCAGAAGUAUGAUGCCCACUUCGAUUAUUUCCAUGACAAGAACAACCUUAAGCGUGGGGGUCAUCGAGUCGCCACUGUGCUUAUGUACUUGACCGAUGUCAAAAAGGGUGGAGAGACUGUAUUUCCAAAUGCUGCGGGAAGGCAUUUACAACUCAAGGAUGAAACUUGGUCUGAUUGUGCAAGAUCUGGCCUGGCAGUGAAGCCAAAGAAAGGCGAUGCGCUACUGUUCUUCAGUCUCCAUGUUAACGCGACAACGGAUCCAGCCAGUCUUCAUGGAAGCUGUCCGGUGAUCGAAGGCGAGAAAUGGUCUGCAACGAAAUGGAUCCAUGUCAGAUCAUUUGAUAAUCCUCCGGAUGUAAGCCUGGAUUUGCCGUGUUCCGAUGAAAACGAGCGCUGCACGAGAUGGGCUGCUGUUGGAGAGUGUUACAGGAACCCAAAAUACAUGGUUGGCACCAAGGAUUCGCUCGGAUUCUGCCGCAAGAGCUGCGGGGUUUGCGAUGCUUAAACCCUGCACCCGCCAAACUGAAGAUCUGAAAAUCAAAGUGUCAUGUUAGGCUGUUAGCUAUUUUCGCCCACUUUACUUACACAGUUACACUACUUGAGAAGUUGAGAUGUACAUAACAGACAAAGCAGGUUUAUUAGUAUGUGUUUCUGUGUAGUUUAACCUUGAACGAUAUUGAUUGAAAGUAAUUGGAACUUUUUUUCAGGUCUAAA